GCUCAGCUCCAAAGAGCACCAUGAAGUCAGAGCUGUGGACGAACAUCCUGAAGGUCGACAAUCGCAAGAGGCAUUGGUUCGUCAAGCGGAAAGUGCAGUACUUUCUCUUCAAGCUGCAGGAUGCCAAGCGAUUGAAGAAGAAAAUCAACUUGGCUAGUGGAGCCAGUAAUUGUCGAGACCCAAAGGACGCAGACGCCGCAUGGGGCAUGUCCGCUCUGUUUGCGCACUUCUGGCCGCAGUUUGAGAAGACACUGAGUGCCAAGCAGCUUCAGUCCUUGGAGUUGAAGUUUGCCCGGGGCUACCUGGACGUAGAGCUCAUGGAGAAAGUGCGAACCAUGAGCCCAAACUUGCAGCUGCAUAACUUCCGCUUUUUGGCGGACCUGGGAUUCAAGGCCACUGUUGCGACAGUCCACGAGUCCCAGAGUACAGAGUCCCAGGCUGACCUUGCAGCGCAGAAGGCAGAGCUUCUCAAAGCACAGGCCAAAAUCCAGAAAGAGGUUGGUAUGUGGACGAGCUACAUGGAAAAAGUCGAGGACUUCAAGCGAAGCGCCAAAGGCCUUGAGGCUGAGGCCACCGACAGGCAGAGGGCUGCUCAGAGGGCUGCUGUGGAGAAAGCGCAGGAGACAAUGUUCCCUGUGCGGGAUGUGGCUGCGGCCAACCAUGGUGUCACUUUCGCGGAGGCCUGCCUGCAGCAGUUCCUGGAUGCAAAGUCUAUCUCGCAUGACAAAUCCUCUUGA